UUUCAGUCAUUUGAGUUUUGCAGGAAAAUUACACGGUUUUAAGCAAAAAUUAAAGUAGCUCUUUUACUUGGGGGAAAUAACCAACGUCGAGAAUUCAAUGGAGGAAAGAUCUUUCCCUGCUUGGUCGUGGUCUGUUGAACAGUGUCUGAAAGAGUACAAUGUUAAACUAGACAAGGGUUUGAGUAGUUACGAGGUGGAAAAGCAGCGUGACAAGUAUGGUUGGAAUGAGCUUGCGAAAGAGAAAGGGAAGCCCUUAUGGCGGCUCGUGCUGGAACAAUUUGACGACAUGCUCGUAAAGAUCCUUCUAGUUGCAGCUUUUAUAUCUUUCAUUCUAGCAUAGCAUGGGAGUGAAUCCGAGGAGUCUGGUUUUGAGGCCUAUGUGGAGCCAUUUGUUAUAGUUUUGAUUUUAGUCCUCAAUGCCAUUGUUGGAGUAUGGCAAGAGACCAACGCCGAGAAGGCGCUUGAGGCCCUUAAGGAGAUGCAAUGUGAAUCCGGGAAGGUUUUAAGAAACGGGUACCUUGUGCCAGACCUGCCGGCCCGGGAGCUUGUGCCUGGUGACAUAGUUGAAUUGCAGGUUGGCGACAGGGUUCCUGCUGAUAUGAGAAUAGCAGCUUUGAAAACGACAACUUUGAGAUUGGAGCAGAGUGCACUAACCGGAGAGGCAAUGCCUGUUUUGAAAGGUACUGCUCCUAUAUUCCCAGAGGAAUGCGAGCUGCAGGAGAAAGAUAUGGUUUUCGCAGGCACUACUGUGGUGAAUGGUAACUGUGUUUGUAUCGUUGUUUCCACCGGAAUGAACACUGAGAUUGGGAAAAUACAGAAGCAAAUACACGAGGCCUCUUUGGAAGAGAGCGACACACCUUUGAAAAAGAAGUUGGAUGAAUUUGGGAGCAGACUUACAACUGCAAUUGGACUUGUUUGUCUUCUUGUGUGGCUUAUCAAUUACAAAAACUUCCUCGCUUGGGAUAUGGUGGAUGGAUGGCCUGUGAAUCUCCGCUUCUCGUUCGAGAAAUGUACGUACUAUUUCAAAAUAGCUGUUGCCCUUGCUGUAGCUGCAAUUCCAGAAGGCCUCCCUGCUGUGAUCUCCACAUCUUUAGCUCUUGGAACAAGAAAGAUGGCUCAGAAGAAUGCGAUUGUACGGAAGCUUCCUAGUGUUGAAACCUUGGGAUGCACCACCGUGAUUUGUUCAGAUAAAACCGGGACUCUUACCACGAAUCAAAUGUCCGUCGCAGAAUUCUUCACCCUGGGUGGGAAAACCACUACUUCUCGAAUCUUCCAUGUUGAAGGAACAACCUAUGAUCCUAAGGAUGGUGGAAUUGUUGAUUGGACUUGUUACAAUAUGGAUGCUAACUUACAAGUCAUGGCAGAAAUAUGUGCAGUUUGCAAUGAUGCUGGGAUUUUCUGCGAUGGUCGUCUCUACCGAGCUACAGGAUUGCCUACAGAAGCGGCUUUGAAGGUUUUGGUUGAAAAGAUGGGAGUUCCAGAUGCCAAGAUGCGGAACAAAAUCCGUGAUUCACAACUUGUUGCGAACUAUUUGAUUGACCGAAGCACGGUUAAACUAGGCUGCUGUGAGUGGUGGACCAAAAGAUCAAAAAGGCUUGCAACGUUGGAGUUCGAUCGUGUUCGAAAGUCUAUGAGCAUUAUUGUCAGAGAGCCUACUGGGCACAUCCGACUGCUUGUCAAGGGUGCUGUUGAGAGUUUACUGGAACGUAGUACACAUGUGCAACUUGCAGAUGGAUCUCCUGUUCCAAUGGAUGAAUCUUGUAGGCAACUAUUGCUUUCUAGAAAUUCCGAGAUGAGUUCGAAGGGAUUGCGAUGCUUGGGAUUAGCAUAUAAGGAUGAACUUGGAGAAUUUUCAGACUACUGCUCUGAGAGUCAUCCUUCUCAUAAGAAGUUGCUUGAUCCAUCUUGCUAUUCUUCCAUUGAAAGUGACUUGGUUUUUGUAGGGGUUGUUGGUCUCAGGGACCCUCCUCGAGAUGAAGUUCACAAAGCAAUUGAAGACUGCAAAGCAGCAGGAAUUAGAGUUAUGGUGAUAACAGGAGAUAAUAAAUCCACAGCUGAGGCUAUUUGUCGUGAAAUUAAGUUGUUAUCUGACGGAGAGGAUAUUAGAGAAAAAAGUUUUACUGGUAAAGAAUUCAUGGCUCUUUCCCCUUCACAACAAAUCGAGACCUUGUCAAAGCCAGGGGGGAAGGUCUUCUCUCGUGCGGAGCCUAGGCAUAAGCAAGAAAUUGUUAGGAUGCUAAAAGAGAUGGGAGAAAUUGUUGCUAUGACCGGAGAUGGUGUGAAUGAUGCUCCUGCCCUCAAACUGGCUGAUAUCGGAAUUGCUAUGGGCAUAACCGGAACUGAGGUAGCAAAAGAAGCUUCUGAUAUGGUUUUGGCAGAUGACAACUUCAGCACCAUCGUUUCAGCCGUUGCAGAGGGUCGUUCAAUUUAUAAUAACAUGAAAGCUUUCAUAAGAUACAUGAUAUCAUCCAAUGUUGGAGAAGUAAUCUCCAUAUUCUUGACUGCUGCUCUGGGAUUACCAGAGUGUAUGAUACCUGUUCAACUUUUAUGGGUGAAUUUGGUUACCGAUGGUUUGCCUGCGACAGCUCUUGGAUUUAAUCCUCCAGACGUUGGCAUAAUGCAGAAACCGCCCCGUAAAAGUGAUGAUGCUCUCAUUAACUCCUGGGUCCUGUUUCGUUACUUGAUAAUAGGUUCUUAUGUGGGCAUAGCAACUGUUGGCAUCUUCAUCUUGUGGUACACUCAGGCUUCUUUUAUGGGUAUCAACCUUGUGAGUGAUGGUCACACACUAGUUGAACUGUCUCGGCUUCAAAACUGGGGAGAGUGCCCGACAUGGUCAAAUUUCUCGGUGGCGCCAUAUAUGAUCAGUGAUGGUCACCUCAUCACUUUCUCGAACCCGUGCGACUACUACCAUGGCAAAGUGAAGGCAAUGACUCUGUCACUAUCUGUAUUAGUAGCGAUCGAAAUGUUCAAUUCAUUGAAUGCGCUUUCCGAAGACAGCAGCCUGCUAACGUUGCCACCUUGGAGGAACCCUUGGCUUUUGGUUGCCAUGUCAGUCUCAUUUGGACUCCAUUGCCUUAUACUCUACGUUCCAUUCCUGGCAAAUAUGUUUGCUGUCGUUCCCUUGAGCCUGAAUGAAUGGUUCUUGGUAAUUCUGGUCUCACUACCGGUCAUACUUAUUGAUGAGAUCCUUAAAUUUUUCGGAAGGAGUCGACGAUACAGAAUGAAAGAGAAGACAGCAUAAAAAAAAGCAGCACCAGGUCUUACAUUUGUCUCGUGACAGAUAAAAAAAAAGUUACUAGGAGUACCUUAAUUUAUAUUCUUAGUUCUCCUUUUUGUUGUUGUUGACGAUUCCUUUGUUAUAAUCUAAAAGAAACAGAGUUCAUUUAUAAAAACUUAACGAAAAUAUGCAUUUUGU